GAGGGGGGCAAACCCCGGGGAGGCGACCAUGGCGAGCCGCGACUGUAGCAAGGAUGACUUGCUGGAGGACACGCGCAUGGACUCGGGCAUCGACUCGUUCCGCUCCAUACUGAAGUCGGAGGAGCCCCGGGAGCCGAGCGGGGACUUCAGCGGGCCGAGGGACAAGCUCUCCACCGCGGAGGAGCGCCUGGACUCGGCCUACGGGUCGUCGUCCAUCACGGUGGAGAGUCUGACAGAGAUCGUGGAGGGUUGCACUUUGUCCAGCUCCACAGAGGAGCAACAGAGCUGUGAACUUUCUGCAGAGGAGAACUUACUCACGACCAUCACAGAGGAUGGAGACACAAUUCUGCACCUUGCAAUCAUCCACGAGAAUAUAUUAAUCGCUCUGGAGUUGAUACAUCUCUUCCCUAAAGAAGUCCUGGACAUCCAGAACAAUCUGUACCAGAGUCCGUUGCACCUGGCCACCUACCUGAACCUGACGGACGUGGUGAAGGGCCUGCUGGAGAAGGGGGCCAGCCUGGAGCUGCAGGACCAGGACGGGAACACAGCGCUGCACGCCGCCUGCCAGCACGGACGGACGGACUGCGCCACCGAAAUGACCAGAGAUCUCCCUCCAAGCGUUCUGGUGCCGGUCCUCGAGAUCCAGAACUGGAGAGGUCUUGCCUGUCUUCACCUGGCCGCACUGAACCGGCAACAUCAAAUCAUGAAUCUUUUGAUGAAAAAGGGAGCGGAUCUUAAUAUCCAGGAAGGAACCAGCGGCAAAACGGCUCUUCACCUCGCCGUGGAGCUGCGCGACAUCCAGUCAGUGAAGCUGCUGCUCAGCAGCGGCGCCGAUGUGGACGCUGCCAUGUACAACGGCUGCACGCCGCUGCACCUCGCCGUGGGGAGGCAGGACAUCGCCAUCGCCAACCUCCUCUGCCAGUUUGGCGCCGACAAGAUGCUGCGGAACAUGGAGGACGAGACGGCGCUGGAUCUGGCUGACGGCAACGAUGACAUUCUGGCCCUGUUUCCUUUUGAUGACCUCCAGAUCUCUGGAAGAGCAGUGAUCAGUGGGCGGCAUGAAGUUUUGAGCUGAAUCACAGGAUGAAAAUAAACAAACAAACAAAAAAGAAAAUAAAAAAGACAGUUUUCAAUUUUGUGCGAAGCCUCUGCAGAGCUGGAACGUUUGAUUGAAGUAGUAACUGGUUUUGAGCUUUCAUUAAAUAGUGCCUUUGUAUAUUUUAUUCUGAAAUCCAGUGUAAUAUAU